AUGAACUUUCAUUACUCGACAUAUAUCUGCAAUACGACGUAUCGUCCACAAAAUUAUCAUUCUUCACAUUUCAACGAAGACGCACACUGUGAUAACGAGGUCAACUUGAUCUUAGACAAAAAUUACAAUCAACAAUUAAUUGAACAAUCAAAAGAAAAAGUUUUACACAAAGAACAACAAAGUCUCGUCAUAAAUCAAACAAAUCAAUAUUAUUUUAUGCCAAUACGAGAACAAAAUUCAACAACGAUUUUAACCGGAAAUAAUGUAACUGAUAAUAAAUCGUUAUUACCUGAUCUUCAACAUCCGUCCGCACUUAAUCUAUUCGAUGAUUCAUUAUCAAAUUAUUUUUCUUCAUCAAUAUUGAAUAUGAAUUCAUCUGAUACAACAACAACAACCACAACAGUGAAUAAACCAAAUAAUAAUUAUAGUUUAAGUGAUGCUGAUUUAGCUGCUCUAUUUCUUUCAUCUAUUACUACAACAACACCAUCACCACAAACAAUAACACCAAAUGCUUUAAUUGAUAAUAUUCAUCAAAAUAAUAAUAAUAAUAAUAAUGAAACAUCAAAUAAUGCAUUAGAUGAUGUUUUUUUAAAUCAAUUUACUGAUUUAACAUGUUCAUCACCAACAAUUAUUGAUAAACCACAACCAAUAGGACCACCACCUGGUUUUGAGAAUUUUCGUCUUGAUUCAUCAUCAUCAUCAACAUCGGAUUUACUUCUUUCACAAACAACGAAUAAAAAUUCCACAUUAUCAUCAAUUAGUAAUGCUGUUAUUCAAACACCAGUCUCUUCUUCAGAUACAAUCAAUUUUAGUCAGUUAUUACAAUCGACAGCUGUCGAUACACAACAACAACAACAACAACAACCAAUUGUUAAUAAUGUUGGAAAUAUUCGUUCAUCAUCAUCAUCAUCUCAUUUGUCAUUUACAUCGGAUGAACAAUCUAUCUUUUUUCCAAUGUCUACUCAUCCCUACUCAUCUUCAAUUCUUCAUUCAACAAGUCAGAUUUUUUCUACUAAUUCACCUUCGUCACCUACGAUAACAUCAACAACAAAUAAUUCUGCUGCUAAGCCGCAUAUACCCAAUAGUCUUUCAUUAAGUAAUAAUAAUAAUAAUAAUAAUCAUUAUUUUUCAUCAUCAUCAGCAGCAUCAAUUCUUACAAGUAGUACAACAGACAGUCCUAUAACAAUAACAGCAAUUGAAAAUGACAAGAGAAUAAACGAUGGAGGAAUGACACCAAAUCAUAUAUUUACAUCAACAAAUUCAUUCUUUACUAAUGGACAUACAGAUUUUAUUCCUUCGAAACCAACUAACAAUAAAGUUCCAUCAAUGAAUCAUCAAUCAUCAAUUGCUACUCGAACAUCAUCAUCAUCAGCUUCAUCAUCAACUUCAUCUUCAAUUGAUGAAGCACUUAUUCAAUUAACACAACAACAAAAACAAAUACAAAAUGCAAAUAAAUUAUUUACUAAUGAACCAUUAUCAAUGUUUCAUUCAUCAACAUUACAAAGACAAUCAAGUUUAGAUAAAGAACAACAAGCUGUUCAUGAUAAUAUUAGUUUUCUUGCAUCAAUGGCAAGUGCAUCAACACCAAUUACAUCCGAAUCAACAUGGCAACAACCAGUAACAUCAAAUUCAUUAGAUUCAAAUAUUAAUUUACAACGUAAAAUGAAUACAAUGGUGCUUCAACAACCACAAAUAGGUUUAUCACAAUCAUCAUCAAGAAAUAAUAAUCCAACGAAUAUUCAUGAAUUGUUACAAAAUUUAAAUGAACUUUGUUAUAAAGGUUUUGAUGAAUUAAAUACACUUAUACAAGAACAAAGAUGGGUUCAAAGUUAUGUUAGUUUAAAUUCGCCAUCACCAACAUUUCCAUCAACAAAUUUAAAUGGUUCAAAUUGUUGUUCAUCACGUAUUCUGAUUGUACCUGAAUAUUUUGUAUUUAAAUGUAAAAAAGUUGAAAUAACUGCAAGUCAUGUUUUUGAAUUAUUAGCAACGGGAAGAGCAGAAUUACGUUUACGUGACUUGAUGUUUGUUUUUAAAUCAUGGAAAGAAUCAAUUAUAAAUGCUGAAAUCAUUCAUCAAGAAGAAGAAAAUAAAUUACGAUUAAGUACUGAACAUCCUCAAUCGUAUUACAUGACUGAUACAGUUUUACAAGCAGCAUUUGAUCGAGUAUCUCAUUCAAUUCGAAAAUUAUGUAAUUUAACACAACAAGCUCGUGCUGCAUUUCAAUAUGCAACAUUAAAUAUUUGUCAAGCAUUAUCCCGACAACAACAACUACAAUCUCAAACAUCGUCAACUUCAAUAGCUCUUGCUCAAUAUCAAGCAAUGCAACAACAACAAAAAUCAACAACAAAUCAUCGCACUAGCGGUUCAAUACGUACAACACCUUGA